GUGGUGGAAGAAAUUACCGUGAACAAAGUAAACGACGCUAUGUCGGAUACCUCGAGUCACGGGAAAAUUGCCGUGCAAUAAGAAACGUGAAGAGAAUGCUACGAUCUGCCCUGGCCUCAAUGGAACCAAGAUCUGGAGUUGCAGAAAGCAAAGCUCACCACCGAACGCCACCAGAAAACAGAGAGUUUGGCUCGUCGUGA